UUAUAUAGAAGUUUUAGAGAAAGUUAGUUAACAAAAGAAGCCAAGAAUAGUAAAACAUUUUUGUGUUCUUUUGUCCAAAAAAAACACAAAUGAGUUUGUUGUUCUAUUUUUCCUCUCACAACAUAUCACAUCACGGAUCAUCACACUCUCUUCCCCUCUAUUUCUUUAUGCUAUUGAAUCCAAAAAUUCUCCUCUUCAGCAAUUAAAAACAUGGAAACAUGUAAUUCUUUUCUGAAGAUUUAUUAGGAAAUUCUUUUAAAGUUACAUAAGAAAAAGAUAUAGAAAAAAGUAAGAUGGAUCAUAUGGUAAGCUUAGGAGAUUCCAAUGAAUUUGAAAAGGAAUCGAAACUCCCUCUUAGUGACCGUCUUAAGGUUUUCAAAAGCACCCAAUUUGAUGCUGAUUCCUUCAUCAACUCUAAAUGUCAUAACAUGGCUGAAACGGAAUUAAAGCACAUGACAAAUUAUCUUAAGGAUCUUCAUAAGGCAGCAGCUGAGGAGAUGCGUAAAAGUGUAUAUGCUAAUUAUUCUGCUUUCAUUCGGACUGCAAAGGAAAUAUCAGCACUUGAAGGCCAACUUUUAUCACUUCGAAACCUCUUAUCAGCUCAAGCAGCAGUUGUUCAUGGCUUAGCCGAUGGAGUCCAUGUUAACUCGUUAUCACCGGGUCUACAAGGCCCAGCUGAUGAAGACAUAACAAAGAAGAAAAACAGUGAGCUCACCAAGAUUGAGACAUGGUUGAAUGAGUUUCUUGAGACUCUUGAAGUGCUCUUAGCUGAGAGAAGGGUAGAGGAAGCCUUAACAGCCUUAGAUGAAGCCGAGGGAGUGGUGGAAGAUGCUAAUGACAGAGGAUCCUUGAACCCACCAAUGCUAAUAUCGCUUCAAAAUGCCAUCACAGCUAGCCGGCUGAAGUUAGCUGAUCAAUUAGUGGACACAGCUAGCCAGUCUUCGACUAAAGGAGCUGAGAGAAGAGCGGUUGUGUUGGCACUUAAAAGACUAGGGGAUGGCCCAAGAGCUCAUACAUUACUUUUGAAUGCGCAUCGCCAGAAACUGUACCAGAUUAUGCAGACUUUGAAGCCUGCUGCAGCAACUUCCAGUGCCAGUUCAGGGGCAGGAUACUGCACUAGUCUAUCGCAGCUCGUAUUCUCCACCAUUGCACAAGCAUCAGGUGAUUCUCUGGCUGUUUUCGGGGAGGAUACUUCAUACACAUCAGAGUUAGUCACAUGGGCAGUUAAGCUAACAGAGAAAUUUAGUGUUUUUGUAAGGAGGCAAUCACUUUCUCAGUCAGCUGCUUCAGGGAAUCUGAGAGCAGCUACUGAGUGUGUGCAAAUCUGCUUGGGACAUUGCUCAUUGCUUGAGUCUCGAGGACUUGCUCUUUCUCCUGUUCUGCUGAAAGAUUUUAAGCCACUUGUUGAACAGGCGCUUAUUGCUAAUUUAAGAAGGAUUGAGCAAAACUGUGCUGCUCUUGCUUCUUCUGAUGAUUGGUCUCUGACAUUUUCACCUGGUUCUGUGAAUCAACCUAAGCUCAGUAGGAGUGCCCACAGAUUUAAUUCUAUGGUCCAGGAUCUCUUUGAAGAUGUACAACCCCUAGAGACUCUACAACUAGGGACUCCAUUACUCGAAGGUUUAGUAGAAGCGUUUAACUCCUAUAUAAACACCCUAAUCAAUGCGUUCCCAGUAUCAGUAAGCGAGGCAAACCAAGAUGGUCAAGGAGUCUCAAUCAUCAAGGUGGCUGAGACUGAAGCCCAACAGCUUGCUUUGCUAGCCAAUGCACUGGUUCUAGCUGACGAGCUUCUCCCUCGUGCUGCUGCAAAGUUGCUACCCUUUAACCAAACUAACAGAAAUGAAGAACCUUCUAGAAAAGACUUAGAUCGACAAAGCCGUGUAGCAGAGCAAAGAGACUGGAAAAAGAGGCUCCAAAAAUCAGUUGACAGGUUAAGAGAUAGCUUCUGCAGACAGCAUGCCCUUGAACUCAUCUUUACUGAUGAUGGUGAAGUCCGUCUUACAUCACAGUUAUAUACUAGAUUGGAUGGCUAUGCCCAGGAGCCUGAAUGGUUCCCUUCUUCGAUAUUUCAGGAAUUAUACAUGAGGUUGAGUCAGAUAGCUGCACUUGCAUCAGAGAUGUUUAUAGGAAGGGAAAGAUUCGCGACAUUACUGCUAAUAAGACUGGCAGAGACAGUUAUUUUGUGGAUUUCUGAUGAUCAAACUUUUUGGGAAGAAAUUGAGCAGGGGACAAAGCCUUUGGGUCCUUUUGGCCUUCAGCAGUUUUACUUAGAUAUGGAGUUUGUCAUGCUGUUCGCAUCCCAAGGCCGUUUCUUAUCUCGAAAUCUUCAACAAGUAGCUAAAAACAUCAUUGCUAGAGCUAUUGAUGCAGUUUCUGCUACUGGGAUUGAUCCUUAUAGUACAUUGCCAGAGGAUGAAUGGUUUGCGGAAGUAGCACAGAUAGCAGUAAAAAUGUUAGAAGGAAAGGCUACUUUUGGAAAUGAAGAGCGGGAAGUUGUUAGCCCCACAGCAUCCAUGUCCUGAAGUUCAAUAUGAUGGAAUUUAUAUGAUGGAUUGAAACGAAACCAACAUAGUAAUUUAUCAUUAAAAUAAUUUUUUUCCCCUAAAAGCUUACUUUUUU